AUGUUGACAUCAGAGAAUUCUAUGAGAAGGAUGGGGAAUUUCUUCCUGGCAAGAAGGGCAAGUAGAGAUGAAUAUUGAAAAUGUCAGGUUUUAUUAUUGUAGAGCCAUGUGUGGCCAAGCAGUCAACACCUCAAACUCCAGAUCUGGAGGUCCGGUGUUUAAGCCUCGCCUGUUACAUUAACAAGGAACUUUACUCCUCGUAGUUGCUCUUUACCCAGGUCUAUAAAUGGGUACCGGCAACAUCCUGCUGGGGGGUAACCCUGAAAAGGACUAGCAUCUCCCGUCCAGGGGGGAGUAGCAAUACUCCUAGGCAUGCUUCAUGCUAAGGAAAUCAGGAUAAGCCCCAGCCAUUUGGGCCUUUGGCUUGUGUGCAACUUAACUUUUUUUAUCAGGUUUUAUUGAAUAAGUCUGGUUUUUGGCAAAAUACCAUAUUAACGACUUGUGGCUCUCUUCAAUAAUGUUCAACUAGGUAUAUCUUUGAAUGUGGAACAGUGGGAGAAGCUGAAAGACCUUAUAAAUGACAUUGAUGAAGCCAUUUCAGAACGUGGAUAACUCUGGAUUAGGUGAGUGCACGAUGUUCAGGGUGCAAAGAAAGUAAUAGUUUUACAGCUUGCCCUCCAGCUUGAGCUUUCUUGCCUAUAUGAUGUGGUUUAUUCUGUCCUUUUCCUUUGCUUUUCUUCUUGAUUUUUUCCCCUUUGUUUUGUACUGUUGGCCCUUUCCUCCAGGCUUUGUGGGGUUCUGCCAGACACCUAUGUCUACUUUAAAUCUUGUUCUUAUCACAGAGUACUGUAAAUAAUAUUAUAUUAUACAUUAAAAUGUACUAGGGCUAAAAUUUUGUGACUAAGGCCACUUCCAAUAUUCUUCCGCAUAUGUUUCUUGCACUUACAUCCGAUCCCAGAAAACAUCUGUGCACACCCUUAUUAAUACCAGGAUCAGAGGCUAGUCAUGAUUCUUUUUUAACAUGAUCUUGUUUUAUUACUUCUAUCUUUUAGGACUUGUUGGCACAACAUAUAGACAUAUGGAUGGUAGUUUAUAUUGCUUUUAAAUAAUGUAUUUAUUUGGUUUUGAUAAUGUCAUGGCUGGUAGAUUGUAACUUGUGGGAAUGAGUUCCCUGUUGUGUUUUCUUUGGUUAGGUGGUUGUAGUUUUUGGUCAAAUUAAAAAGUAAAGAUUUUGUUAUUCUUUCUUAUUUGUAAUACAAGAUUUAUAGAAAGCAGAGAAAGUAACUUAAAUCUAUGACUGUCAUGAUGGUUCUUGUUGCCAAAAAAAAUAAAAGUACAGUUAGUUUUAUGAUUUCCUAUUGUGUUAUGCCUUUUUCAUGUUCAAAACUAAUGCGUAAAAAGUUAGGAUCAAUAUUUAUUUAUUUAGGUUUCUGGGAAACGGCCCAACUACCCCUCCCUCAAGCCAACAUUUUGCCCUAAGUGAGAAGUAAGUGUUGAUGUUGACUUUUGGGAGGGGUAGGUGGUCAUUUCCCAGAAAUCUAAAUUGAUCAAAAUUUGCAUUAGUGCAGCUGUCCAUGGCUCUCACUGCUUGGGUAAUAUGGCUGUGCUCAUGCAUAAGGUACUGGCAGUACUGCAGAGUUUGGUAGUGUGUGCCUCCUUGCUGUUUAGGUUCUGCAGGUAUGGAUCCAGACUGGUUUCCACCUUUUUAUAUAAAGUGGUCAGAUUUUACAUAAUAAAUAUCUGUCUGAUUUCGUUAAAACAUAGCCACUAGGUUUUCACCUGGUGCCACUCCCCGCCCGGCUCCAGGUCUGUCCGGUGUCCAAAAAAGUAGGGGGCUUGGCAUCCUGGAUGGCCCAGGGACUGCCGUAACAGUGGGUGGGUGGAUCAGGCCUGGGGGUCAAAACUAGUGGGGUAGGGAGGGGGCUGUUUUGACACAAUCCCUUCAGUAAGCAGCAGUGUUCAGUGCAGGCCUUGACUGGCAUCUACCUUGGUCUUAAUUUGCCCUAGCCAGCUGCCUCUGCUGAGAAUGAUUGUCAUGAUAAUUGCAGAGCUCAGUGGGAGAUGAAGACAGUCACCCAUUGUCCUGGGUUGGGAGGGUCAAAGUCUUGGUAUCAAGGACACACUUAGCAUAGGACCUUUAGACACUAACUGAAGCCAUGUUUUCAUAAAUCCAGACAGAUAUAUUUUUUGUGAAAAACUCUAAACUUUCCAAGUUGAUAUCUGGAAAAUGGUUAGGGCAGUCAGUAAAUGUCCUGUCUGAAUGACUCGGAAACCCAGGAAAGGGGACUUUGGGGAGUUAAAAGCCAAAACAUUUCCCAGGGGAUCAUGCCCCUGAACCUCCCUAGAAGUUGAAAAUCAGUCAGUAUUUAUUCUAGAUCCGCGCCUGCUCUGCAGGCUUCAAGAUUGACUGGCUAUACUAAAAUGUGACUUGACUCAUGUCAGGAGUAGUCUCCCUCACAGCCAUUUGUGUCUCAUCAUGUUGAAAUCACCAACGGUUUCUGUCAGGGCCCUAUAGCUGGGGGAUGGAACAGGCAACAAGCAACACCUCUUUGGCCAUCUAUCCACCAUUUUUCCUUUUCCCGACCAAGGAAACAAACAUUUAUGGUAUUUGUAUUCCCAGUAAGGAUACACAAACAAAACAGCCAAUUUGUUCAAGAUGAAGCAGCAGAUUUUUGGAAGAAUCCCGCAACCUUGUCCCCGGGGGCCUGGGGCUUCUCGGGUUUUUCAACCACCCAUGUCUGAAAAGGCCCUGGGGACGAGGUUGAGUUAACGGUUGGAAUUCCUGUUUGAAGAAAUGGCGGCUUUCAUAGAAUUUAAAGUGCCUCAAAAUAACCCUAUAAUACCAAAAGAGCAGGAAAAGAAGAAACUAGCGCAGAAAACUCGCUCCAGAGGUCAUCUGGAACGUCGAUCGUCUGCUACUUUGCCAUUUACUGCUUGGGUAGAACCACACCAUUGCCCAGCGACACACAGCGCUCGCGAAGAAGAACUUCGGUUGAAAAAGGUGAUAAAAGAAAAGCAAGAAAGGCUUAGGGGAUUUCAACAAGAGGUUAAAGCGAGAGUUAGAAAUCUGGAACAAAUGAAACGGGAAGAGCAACAUGGAAUGUCUGUGGAGGCUUUUGAAGUUGAGAGAAAUGUUGUGCAGCAAAGUUCGUUGCCAAGCACUGUCAGACGGGACAACUGUGUGUAUCGAGAUGACUCUGAUCUAAAAAUUCAGCGCAGUGUUACUCAAGAUCUUACUGCUGUUGAUGCUGCGAGUCAGCUAUUGCAGGAACACGCUCAAAAGAUCCGGAAUUGUUCGAAGCAUGCACGGAAUGUACUCAGCUCGAAGAGUCUUGGAACAGAGAUGGAUAAUUUGAGCAAGCUACUCCCUGGAGGUCUGUGGAAGACUUCGCCGACCCGAGAUCAUGGUUCGUCUCGGCAGGGAACUGAACGUUCAGGUCAGCAAGAACACGAUUCGGAAGAUUUAGACAGACCUAUGGGAAGGGAAAUAGGCGAUUACUGGAUUGGUGAAAAUGCAAUUAAAGAUCAUGAAUAUUAUGAUCAUAAUCAAUGCAGUUAUUUUGGAUCUAGAUUGCCAAAGCAUCAACUGAAACAUGUUCAUUUUCAAAAUGUCCCAGAUGAAGAGAAUUCAGAAAUUGAAAACAAUGACCUAAAUGUCCAGCAGAAAAAAUCCGAUACCCACACAAACAGAAAGUCUAAAACCGUUGAAGCUCUUUUACAACCGUCUAAGCUGAUGGAGGAUAAGAAAGCACGUGCAAAAAGUCAAGUUGCUGUUUACAGGCGUUUGUUUAUGGACAUUGAACGGGAACAAGUGAGAGAGAACAUAAGAAUGAAGGAACAUCGUAAAAGAAUGGAGGCUCUGAAAGUAGAAAAGGAAGUUGAACGACUUGAAAUAGAACAACAUCAAAUUGACAAACUGAAGAUGAGAAGGAUGAGGAAAGAGGAAGAAUCUUUCCUAAGAGCUCAAGAACAAAAGAAAAUUGAAGCAAAUUUAGCUAAAAAGCAUAAGAAACUUCAAAAAGAAAGGGAAACAGAGAGAUAUAUAGAAGCUUUGCAAGCAAUUUUGAAGGAGAAGAUACAGAGCAGAAAUAUUGUUCUUCCUCCCUUGUGCUCAUGUGGACCCACAAUCUGGGAUGCGAAUCCUGACACAUGUGCAAACAACUGUGUUUUCUAUAAGAACCCUAAAGCUUAUGCUAAGGCACUAUCAACAAUAAUUGCAUCUUCAAAUCUUGAUUGA